AUGGAUUAAAUCGAAUAAUUUUUAGGAAGUUAGAAAUGUUAAAGACAUCAUCAACAAUUAAGAUAAAUAGUUUUGCAAAAUUCAUAAGAAAUAACAUUGGAAUAGUGUGUUCGAUGUGUAAAUUGUGAAAAUGGAGGUUCUGAUUCAUAAAUAUUGAGUUUGUAAGAGUUUAUGAACAGGUGUAGAAGUUAUGACUAAAAUUAUAUACCUAUUGAAGUUUGUAAUAGAAGAUUUUACAAAAUGUUUUAAUUAUUAGAUGAGCUCUAAUAAAAAUUUCAAAAUUAUAUCUAAGGUGUUAAAAAAUGUAUAGAAUAAGAAUAAAGAGCCCUAUAUUAAAUGACUUUGGAAAAUCAAAUCAAACAAAUCAUAAGGGAAGAAAACCCUUAAAGUUAAAUCAUUAACAAUGAAAUUAACAAAAUCAAUACAAAUUUUACAAACAAGAUUAUUUAGAAACUAGAUAAUUUAUAAAAUUUGGAAGAAAUAAGAAAAUGCAAACAAGAAAUUGAAAUGUUGAAAAGAGAUUUUGAUUAAUAAUAAUAAAUUCCGUAAUAAUAAUAAUAAUAAUAAUAAUAAUAAUAA